UGCCCCUUUGUUGUGGGUAAAAUGGGAACGGAAUCCCCAGACGUCUGGCCACGUACUGCCGAAAUCUCUUUUGGUAAUACUGAAGUGACCAGGCAUGAAUUCUACGAAUGUUUCGAGCAUGAUAGUAAUGAAUCUGACAGCAUCAUUGAUGCUGUUUCUCGCCUACCAGGGCGAGCCUUUUGCGUUUUCCGAAUUGGGUUCAAGACCGUCAAAGACCAUAUUGAAUUCUUAAAUAAAUUUAGUGCAAAAGAAUCUGUAGUCAUUAGUGGCAAGGAGGUCCGAAUUAGAGUUAGAGAUAGGUCAGUUAACCUCGUACGCGUUAGAAUUCAACAUUUCAAAUUCGAUGAUGACCUUAGCCUGCUAAACAAGAGAUUGCGCGAGUUUGGAGUGAUUUCUCGGGUGUUUUGGGACACGUAUCAGGAUAGGUCGCUUCCAAGGUGGAACGGGAUAAAGACUGGAGUUGUCAAUGUGGAUAUGGAGAUCCACAAGGGCAUCCCAUCUUUUAUAACCUUUGGAAGCUACCAGGAUCCACUAAUGGUGUCUUAUGCAGGACAAAUGCACACAUGCCGCAUGUGUGAUUCUCCCACCCAUGUCUUAGCUAAUUGCCCCAAGCAACCCCUUAAAAUUGUUAGGAAGCCCCAGGAGACAGGGCCGACUGGUGGCGGGAAAAUGCCAAUUGCUCCAACUGUUGACGCUGAUUCACUUCCCGAGUUAGCCCAGAGGUCAACGAUGUCGACUGUAGUCGUUUUUGAUAAAGCUCCUGAGGAUCCAAUUUCGAAACCCGAUGAAGCUGAGUCUCUUUCUGACACCGAUUCUGACGCUGAAGACUCUAGCUGUGUGGAUUCGUCUGUGGCGUCUUAUUCGGUACCUUUGGAGGGUGAAUUGCAAGAUUCACCCUCAGGAGGGACUCAAAAUUUGGAAACUGAAACCAUGGAAUGUAGCACUCUUACCAGUUCCUUGACUGUACCUUCUGAAGACAACCCUUCGAAACCAAUUAUGAAAUCCCAAAUGACAGCCCCUGACACAGAGACACAAGACCAAGAACCAAUGACAAUUAUAAUGGAAUCGAUGGAACCCGACAUGGGGGAAAUUGAGACCAUGGGACCUGACAAAACAAAGGACCCCCUAAGAAUUCCCACGGUACCACGAAACAAACGCUUCAAACCUACUUUGACGGCCCAGAAUUCUAAACCUUCCUCAGGCAUUCACCGACUCAUAAAAACCUAA